AUGGCCCACCCAACCAAUAAAGCGACAGACGACCUCGAUGUAGGCGGUCAUACAUCAACACAGAAUUCACAUUAUCCCGGCAGUGAUGACUACCAUCCGAUCUUGAAGCGGAGCAGGGCCAGCCUCUCUUCGGAUGGCCGUCCCGUGAAACGGUCGUCUCUGGUGACCGCGCACACUCCUGCUGCACCGACGGCGGCCUGGUCCGCCCCGGCCGAGCUUGCCGGUUGGGUCAAGAAUGCUCCACCAACAGUUCACAAGCCGAAGCUCGACGUUGCCACCCGUGACACAUACGACGACAUGCUAAUAGACCCGUCCCGUCCCGUUCCAGACCCCUAUCUCCGUGGAUCUGGGAGCCAACCAGGCCGACUUUCUCCCCAACCCAAGCAUCAGAAUCAUGAAGAAACGUGGAAUAUCCAGACUCCACUGACCUCAACCGAACGUCCCUACUGCUCCGGUGGUCUUCCAGAUCCGCUAUUAGCACCAUCAGAAAUCGGCAAUAUCAGAUACGACUCUGAUGUAUGGCCCCACCCCCAGAACACACCUCUCGGCGGCAGAUCCUCCGACAGACAGGCCCCUUCUUUGUCUUUGUAUCCUCAUCCCGCAUACCAGUUUCGUGAAUUUGAACGCUUACCACAGUCCCACCGACCCCCAAACGUCAACGUCCGUCAACCGAUCAUGGAAGGGGACAACGCAGCACCGAAUCCUUUCUCGAGCAACCAAGGCAUUGAGAUGCACCAGCCACGCCUCGCUUCGUAUCCCACCAUCCCUCAGUAUGCCAUUUCUAACGCCCAGAGAAAUGUGGGGUUGAAGCAUGAGUUUCCCGAGAGGUCUACGCCUCUCGAUGCUCAAAGUGACAGAUCGGUGGCGAGCCAGUCGAAAUCAUUUCAGUUGUCAUCGCCGACGGAAUCGGAUCCUCGCGAGACUCUCGCAUAUCCUUCUCACCACCAUGUUAUGCAGGGUCUAGGAGUCCAGAUGCACAACCCGCAACCUCACGGAAAUAUGCCAUCUCCUAGUUACAAUCUCGAUCCAUCAGCACCCCAUGGGCCGACUCAUCCCAGCAACAGUAACCGUCCUGUCGAUCCCCCGAUGAUGGACACGAUGGCACCACAGGGCUCGAAUGAUUCUUCUCCGGUUCAUCAGUAUUUUGUCCCGCAAGCCGAACGUCACCAAGUCAUCGAGACCAACGGCCCAGCGUUUGAUUCCGAGCUGAAUCGGCACGAGUAUGGCCCAGGCUUAUCAGUACAAAGCAGUGAUGUAGCAGGGCCUCAUCCCCUAGGGUUUAUGCAUGCCGACAUGGCACUGCCUCGCACCAACCAAUACGAACAACAGCGCCAGGAUAGUUCUCAAAUUGACAUCUACGGUCAAGAAGCGAUGCCCUUCGAACAUCCCGGGUUGCAGGUUAAGAGUUCUAUAACGACCCAUUCCGAUCGAAGUCGUACCGUGGGCUCCGACAACGCAUUGUCUCAAGAAUCUCUCUCUGUUGGAGAACCUGAACAACUGGGUAGCGACGACUUGGAAUUGGGACAUGAGCCUGACGAGCGAGAUUCCCCAUCUUUAAAAGUGGCGAAGAAGACACGCGCUGCGUUUUCGGAGGAUGCGCGACGGGAAACGGGAGAAACGCGCAAGACUGGUGCUUGCAUCCGUUGUCGUUUUCAGCGCUCUCGGUGCAAACCCGAUCCGAAUGAUCCCAACAGGGAGUGCCAGACUUGUAGAGACGUCCAAAAGGAAUCGAAAAAGGUCAUCCAUCGGCUUCCAUGUCUACGCUGGAAAAUUGCCGAUAUCACACUGAGCCGGUCAGAUGCAGGGUCCCAGGGUUGUUUGAAUCUGACACAGCGGUGGCAGGGGUUCACGAUGAGAGACGUCGACGACUGGUCCGGUGAAGGUAUUCGAACAAUCGCGAUCACCCUUGGUAUCUCUCCCGUGCCUCUAGUUCUUCAAGUCAAGCGUUUCAAGCCUGCGGCCGGCGAUAUUACCUACCGGUGUUGGCGCGAUGGGAACGUUGUGAAACGGACGGAGCUCGAGCCUUACGCACUAGCAAACAUACGGCAGGCAUCCCAGGCGCUCAAGGAAUACAUAAAUGCGAAUGUCAUGAACGCUCUUGUAGCGGUUACUGAGGACGAGAACAACGACGAGUUGAUCCGCGAAACCUUCCGCUGGGUGAUCCUGCAGUAUCAGAAUCUCAGGGUGAAAGGACUUUCCGAUCAUGAGCAGCCUGAAGAGUGGAAAUUCUUAGCUGACGUCCUCCGACUCUGGCUCGCAAUCAAGCACACUGUCGGAUCGUCGCACAUUUGCGGAGAGGAUAAGCUAGGCAUGCAACCCGAGUUGGAUGACCAGUCGUACCCGCUGUACGGUCGCGUGUCCACGCCUCGGAUGGUUGUCGCGCAAAACGACAGCAUCAACGCCACCGACAUCAUUUCGCCGCUGCGGAGAAGGUUCCUCAAGCAGCUGGAGAAUCGCUUCAAGGCGAACAAGCCUCGAAGUUGGUUCACUCUUUAUCUUGCCAUAUUCAUAUUCCUCCACAGUGCUUCUGUGGUGUCAGCAGACCGCCGGCGGCACGGGAGAGAAAAUGGAGCUCAGAAGGGUUAUACCCUGCCCAGAUUUGUCGAGGAAUUGCAUUUCGGCGCCAACGUCUUACUCGCUUAUUGGCAUUAUUACCGCACUGAUGAGGAUCCUCUCGAGGUCACCUGUCUUGACCGGCAUAGAUCUCGUCUCGCAGAUCUCACGGCAGAGCAAUUCACAUUUAUCAAGAAGAGUUGUAUGAUGAUGCGGAAGAAGAGAGAGACAUUCAAGUAUGUAGUGAACUGGGACGAUCAGUUGUACUGGGUAUGCCGCAUGUUUGAUCAGAAAUGGGAAAUCGGAGAGUCUUUCACUGCUUAA